AUGCCUUUCUUCGCGUACCGUCCCCUGGCAAUCUGUACCUUAUCUGACAGCCCCAUCAUCAUCCCCAUAUCUGAUUGCCUUCUCCCUCCUGUGUCUCUAUCUUACUACUCGAAUUUUGUACCCUCCCCAUUUCCACGGUUAGAUCCCUCUCCAAGUGAACCCUCAGCUGCUUCCUCCCAGCCUGGAGAUGGUUUGACCAAAGGAGCAAUUGCAGGCAUUGCUGUUGCAGGAGGUGUGGUUUUCCUCAUGCUGCUGCUGCUGAGCUGGCUGAUUUGCAAGCAAUUCCAUGCCAAAGGGGCAGCAGAGGGAAGUGAUACCGGCAAGAAUGUGGGUGGCAAGGAUGUGUCAGAAGAAAGCACACUCCAAGCUGGUGUUAACAGCUUUGGCGUGGUGAUGCUGGUUGUCAUCUCAGCACGCAAGGCCGUGCAUGCGAGCGAGACCAGCCAGAUCAGUCUGAAGCAAUGGAUCGCCCCGUUCGUCGAGUCAGACGCCGUGACGGUCUUCAAGGACCCGUACUUGGACGCAUCAGAUGACUUGGUGCUGCGCUGGGCUCGUCUUGCCCUCUCCUGCACUGCCAUGCCUGCGGCCUCCCGCCCCUCCAUGAAUCAAGUGCUGGGGGAGCUGGUGAAGUUGAAGCAGGAAGCUUCCAGAGCACAUGAGAGCCAUGUGGGCGAGGCCAAAUCUCACACUGACAUAGAGCUUGGGAGUUCCAUUGGCUCCUCCAGCUUCACUGCUGAAAUGGCCCGUGCGGAGCGAGAGGGCAUGGCAAGUGGCUCUUCCACAUAA